GCUGCCUCUGCUCUUUCUUUUAUCAUGCAAAUCCCAAGCCCACCCAGAAGAGCUGCUCUGAAUUUCCGCCACGGCCAGGGGAGCUGCUCAGCCCACCACAAUGAUAGAAAAUACAUCCAAUCCACAGAGCCAAGAGGGCCACAGCCACGCCGUGACCACAGCCGCCGCUGUGCCAUCGCCCUGCACCCCCUUCCCCGGCUCUGGGUGCGGAGGGUCCCAAGGAGGUCGGCCACAAAGGCAACAGGGGGGGUCCCUGGGGGUGAUGGGGGGACAGCAGGGGCUGCAAGAGGAGGGCUGGGGGUCCUGCAGAGCAUCUGCAGCGAGGAGGGGGCUGCUGCGGAGGAGCCCCUCCUCGGAGAGGCGGUCCCUGGCGCGGGUGACAUCAGCUGCUGGGGAGCUGGGAUGCUGAGCCUGGCCCUGGCGAGGCGGCUGUGCCAUCGCUUCCAGCUCCACCCCACACAGCUCAGGGGUCCCCCCCCACCCCCCCAAAAAAAAAAAAAAAGAGCCCGCUGUCCCUGUCUGGGCGGGCCCGGCGGGUGCUGAGGAUGCUGCGCUAGGGGCUGCGGAUGGUGCUCACCCUGCUCGUCUCCGUCUACAAACUGUGCCGCUUCUUCGCCAUGUCGGGCGCGGAGAGGCUGGCGGUGCCCGAGUGCGUGAGCCAGGCAGGGUGCUGGGCCGGUGGUGGCAGCUCCGGGGAGCGCCGUGAGGUUUCUCCCGGGGUGAACACGGACGUACGGGCGGCCCUGGACCGCAUCCUGCCCGCCCUGCAGCACUCCAUCGCCUGUGCCAAGCAGGCGGCCGGCCCCGCCGAGCUGAGGAAGGCCAUCGGCGAGGUUUUCCAGCUGGUGGAGGAGGCCUGGGGGAUGCCCACGCUGGGGAGGGACGUGGCCAAAGUGCUGUGCGACGUGAUCCGCCUGGAGGGAGGCCUGGACCUGCUGCUCAACCUGCUCUACACGGCGGAACUGGAGACCAAGUGCCAGGCGGGGAAGCUCCUGGAGCAGAUCCUGGUGGCAGAAAACAGGGAUCGGAUCGCUCGGAUCGGUCUGGGGGUGAUCCUGAAUUUAGCCAAGGAGCGGGACAUCCCCCCACUGGCGCAGAGCGUCUCCGGGAUCCUGGAGCACAUGUUCAAGCACACCGAGGAGACCUGCUCCCAGCUCAUCUCCGACGGGGGCCUGGAUGCCAUCCUCUACUGGUGCCGCUGGACGGACCCCGUCGUGCUGCGGCACUGCGCCAUGGCCUUGGCCAACUGCGCCAUGCACGGCGGGCAGGCCAACCAGCGCCUGAUGAUCGAGAAGAGGACGGCCGAGUGGCUUUUCCCGCUGGUGUUCUCACGGGACGACGAACUGAUCCGCCUGCACGCCUGCCUGGCCAUCACGGUGCUGGCCACCAACAAGGAGAUCGAGAAGGAGGUGGAGCGCUCGGGGACGCUGGCGCUCGUGGAGCCCUUCAUCGCCUCGCUGGACCCGGAGCGCUUCGCGUGCCGCAUGCUGGGCAGCAGCGACAACAGCCAGGGCAGGACGGCCGAGGACCUGCAGCGCCUGGUCCCCUUGCUGGACAGCUCGAGGCUGGAGGCACAGUGCAUCGCUGCCUUCUACCUCUGCGCCGAGGCUGCCAUCAAAACCAGGCAGAAGCAAACGAAGAUUUUCAGCGAGAUCGGGGCCACACAGAGCCUGAAGCGGGUAGUGUGCUACUCCACCAGCAGCACCACCUCCUCCCUGGCCAAAAAGGUGCUGCGCAUGAUAGGGGAGGAGGUUCCUCGGCGCAUCCUGCCCACGGUGCCCAACUGGAAGCCCUGCGAGGUGCAGACGUGGCUGCAGCAGAUCGGAUUCAACAAAUACUGCCAGAGCUUCCUGGACCACCAGGUGGACGGGGACAUUCUCCUGAGGCUGACGGAGGAGGAGCUGCAGGAGGACCUGGGGAUGGCCUCCAGCAUCACCCGUAAGAGGUUUUUCCGGGAGCUGACGGAGCUGAAAACCUUCGCCAACUACUCCACCUGCGACCGCAGCAACCUGGCCGACUGGCUGGGCGGCAUCGACCCCAAGUUCCGGCAGUACACCUACAACCUGCUGACCUGCGGCAUCAACCGCAGCUUCCUGCACCGCGUGACGGAGCAGCAGCUGCAGGACGACUGCCACAUCGCCACCGGCUUCCACCGCGUCCGCAUCCUCUCUGCCGCAAGGGAAAUGCUUCACUCCCCUAUAACGCUGCAAACUGCGUCGGAUGGGACCGAUGUGUUUAUCAGCUACCGGAGGAGCACCGGCUCGCAGCUGGCCAGCCUGCUGAAGGUCCACCUGCAGCUGCACGGCUUCAGCGUCUUCAUCGACGUGGAGAAGCUGGAGGCAGGGAAGUUCGAGGACAAGCUGAUCCAGAGCGUCCUGAGCGCCCGCAACUUUGUGCUGGUCCUCUCGCCCAACGCGCUGGAUAAGUGCAUGGCAGACCCCGAGUGCAAAGACUGGGUGCACAAGGAGAUUGUGACGGCCCUGAACUCUGGAAAGAACAUUGUACCCGUUACAGACCAUUUUGAGUGGCCUGACCCAGAAACCCUUCCCAAGGACAUGAGGGCUGUCCUGAAAUUUAAUGGCAUCAAAUGGUCCCACGAGUACCAGGAGGCCACAAUCGACAAAAUCAUCCGCUUUCUCCAGGGCCGGUCCUCCCGGGACUCUUCUGCGGGGUCGGAGAAUGGCCUGGACUGUUUGCCCUCUCUCGGGCAGACCUAGGAGCAGCACGGCUGCCUCAGCCGCUCCGGAGACUUUCCAGGUGACCCCUUUUCACAUGGGGCCAAGUUUCUCCCUCUAGAUUUUCCCCCAUCCUAGUACCACCCCUACCCUCUCUCCCUCAGGACCUGCCCCACCUCUUGGCUUGAGACCAGGCCGUGGCUCAGGCAGCCAUGGGGCGUUAGCCCCCCUCCACCCUCCAAAUGCAAGCCCUUGGGGCUGAAAGGCCAGCGCUCCCUCGUAGGGUGCCCGGUGAGCCUCCAGGGCAGCCCCUGGGACAGACAAGCCAUCUUUCAAGCCAUCCCUUGGGGCAGCAGGACUUGCAGGCUGAGCCGCCCACAGCACAGGGGGUGCAGGGGGGACCAGGACAGUCCAGCCCCCUGCAGAAGGCUGCAGCUCCCCCCAGAGAUGCACCCAAAGAGGAGGAACCUCCCAAGGAGCAAAAGCUGUAGGAUUUUCAAGGGGUUUGUUGCAGGAGGACAUGGGAGAGAGCACUUGGGAGGAAACAGUCUGUAAGCAUCUCAUGGCCUCUGCUGGGUGCUGCAGGAACAUCGUUGUGCUUAGGUGUGGGUGGGAAAGAGCAAAUAAAAGCUAAGCCCUAACAAAAUCCCUGUGUUUGGGAAAGAUAACACACACAGGCCUUCUAAACUGCUCGGCAGAAGCUCUCUCUUCCCCAGCAAUAUCCCUUUAUUACCCGAGCUUGCUCCCUCCUCGAGGCCUUUCUCCUCCUAAUGCUGCAAAACCACUUUGUGCUCUUAGCUCUGGUGACAGAAGUUUGGCUUUAGAUCACAGGAAGUUUCCAAAGGGUCUUUACAAAAAGUGCUUUUAAAACACCACCUUUCCCUCCAUCCGGUGUCUCAGCUUUACACACGAUCAGGUGCCUUUAUUUAUCCGUAAGGCACAGGAGGCUGGAUUGCGACUCUGCAAAACGUAUAUCCACGCAGAUACGGAAGAUGCUAACUGCUGUACUGUACUUGUGGAGAUGUUUUACACUGGCUGCAUUGUAUUCUGUUGUCGGUGCUCCACAGCAGAUCUCCUAAUCUCCUACGGUCCGUUCCUUUGAGCAGGGGCUGGCACAUCCCUUUGCUGACAAGCACUUACCCCGACAGCCCUGGCUAAGCUCCUCCGGCUCAGGGACGUCCCCACGCUGCUGAAUGCAAUACCAAAUAGCACUUGUUUCCUUCUACUAGCCUCUUCCCAACACCCACCAGAUCUUUCUGUAGCUACUCACCACGAAAUAGCAGGUAAGAGCCGACGUUGACGCAAAGGGCAGGUGGAGGCUGCUAGGUGUGAGCACAGGCUGAGAGCACCCCGACACGCCUCUGAAUUCUGCCCUCCUGGCCUUGUCCUGCUUCUCACACCUGCUCGGAGGGUGAUCAGGCUUUCGACAACAUGGCAUUUUGCAAUUAGGACCAGACACUGCAACUCCUACCUGAGUUCUUCUUUUUUGGUGCAGAGCAAAGUUAAUAAUGCAAAAGACUUCCUCAUUCAGGACACACUCAAGAGCAAGUGCAUGCCAUGCCCAGGGAGCACCAGCCUGCCCAGCACUCCGGGGAUCAGGCUGAUGCAAUAGAAGAAAAUUCCUCAGCCUGUCCCAGCUCAGGUUAACCCACCCUUUCCAGGAGGCAAUGAGGAGGCACAGCUACAUUCCAGCCCACGAGCACUCACCUUGGCUCUCCGUGAAGCCUCGCUACCUGCCUUAGCUGGCAUGAACAUUAACACAUUUCCUUUUGGCUUGCAUUUAUGAGCAUAUCAUAAGAAGAAAAGUAAGUUAAAUUCUGGUGCUUAAUCAGAGCUUUAUGGAUAGCUCUUAUCAGCUCACAGAUAAUGGCAUCUUUGCUCUCCAAUGAAAGGUUAAUAGCUAGGUCUGCCCAGCAUUCACCAGAAAUAGCAUCACCUAAUCUUCAGAUUAAGUACGAGGAAGGCAGCAGAUCAGCCCAAAGGUGAAUCUGCCAAAGGAUAAAAGCAACUUGUGAGCCGCUUCAGGGAAAAAUCCUGAGUAAUUUAUUGAAGGUCAAGGUCUCUGUGGCCAUUAAAGGAGUACCACACAAACAGUCCAGAGGAUUUUUCUCUCUACAAUAAUACACGGUAAGAUUCUCGUGUCUUGUGUCCCAGGAGCUCUCUAGCAUUUAACCUCCUCACCCUCCACUCAAUAGACAAGAUUUAGUUGUCCUCUACAGCUUCGGUGUCCUACCUGCAAUGAGAUCACAUCCCAUGCCCCAGCUGCCCAGACUGUAACUCAUCCUGUUUCCCUGUUACGCGAUUAUCUUCACCCUGAUGAACUCACUGCUCUUGACAAAACAUCCCAUGCCCAUCCACUUCCAGACAAAGCAGACAUCCCCAAAGAGAUCAUAGAAUAUCUGAGUUGGAAGGGACCCACUAGGAUCAUUGAGUCCAACUCCUAAAAUAAAUGCUUCUGUUCUCACCCUUCCUUAUCCCUUUGCCAUGCUAUGUCAGAAAGUAUUUAAAGCUGUUCUAUUGGACAUUAUUAAUAAAUUUGGUUUAU